CACAUAGAGCGGGGAGGGAGGAUGCAGGAGAGAGGGGAGGCUGGCACAUAGAGCAGGGAGGGAGGGAGGCCGCCUCUCUCACCCCUCUGCUGCCCAGCGAGCACAUUUUCCCCCUUUUUUCCCCUUUUUUUUAUUUUUUCUUUGAGUAGAUCAUCAUGGCCGCUAAGUCGGACGGGACGCUGAGGAUGAAGAAGGGCGAUGUUGCCUUCACACCGCUGCAGAACUCUGAUCACUCGGGCUCUGUGCAGGGCUUGGCUUCGGGCUCGCAGCCGGGCUCCGGUGCCGGGGACGGCGGCUGCUCGGACGGAGGCUCCCGAUGCUGCUGCAGUGGCGGCAGGGCAGUGACUGGCGGAGGAGGGGGUGUGGGGUCGCCCUCUCUCUGCCUGCGCCCGGGCAGGGAGCAGCAGCGAUACCUGGUGUGGGACUGCCUGUGGAUCCUGGCCGCUGUCACCGUCUACUUGGCCGACGUGGGCAGCGACAUCUGGCUCUCCGCGGACUACUACCUGCGGGGUCAGCGCUGGUGGUUCGGGCUGACGCUGUUCUUCGUGCUGCUGGGCUCGCUCUCCGUGCAGCUCUUCAGCUUCAGGUGGUUCGUGCACGAUUUCAGCACCGAGAACAGCUCCCAGUGCUCCCCGCUGGACGGAAAGGCGGCCGUGGAGGGGGACGCCCGACCCUCUACCCCGCAGAGACAGGCUUCCACCGCCAGCAGCAAGCCCGGCAACCCCAGCGGCAACACAGCCCGGGCCGGCCAGCAGAGGUCUGCCUCCUGCUCCUUCUGCAUCUGGCUCCUGCAGUCACUCAUCCACAUCCUGCAGCUGGGGCAGAUCUGGAGGUAUUUUCAUACUAUAUACUUGGGGAUUCGCAGCAGACGAAGUGGAGAGAACGACAGAUGGAGAUUCUAUUGGAAGAUGGUGUACGAGUAUGCAGAUGUGAGUAUGCUGCAUUUGCUCGCCACUUUUCUGGAAAGCGCUCCACAACUUGUCCUGCAGCUCUGCAUUGUCGUACAGACUCGAAGCUUACAGGCCCUUCAAGGUCUGACGGCGGCAGCAUCCUUGGUAUCGUUGGCCUGGGCUCUGGCAUCUUAUCAGAAGGCGUUACGGGAUUCCAGAGAUGACAAGAAGCCCAUCAGUUAUAUGGCUGUGAUCAUCCAGUUUUGUUGGCAUUUCUUUACCAUUGCAGCCAGAGUGAUAACAUUUGCUCUCUUUGCCUCAGUUUUCCAACUCUAUUUUGGAAUAUUUAUUGUUCUUCACUGGUGUAUCAUGACCUUCUGGAUUGUACAUUGCGAGACGGAAUUCUGCAUCACCAAGUGGGAGGAGAUUGUUUUUGAUAUGGUGGUUGGAAUAAUCUAUAUCUUUAGCUGGUUUAACGUCAAGGAAGGAAGGACACGGUGCAGGCUAUUUAUUUAUUACUUUGUCAUCCUUCUGGAAAACACUGCCUUGAGUACCCUGUGGUACCUGUAUAAGGCCCCCCAAAUCCUGGAUGCAUUUGCUAUCCCAGCACUGUGUGUAGUGUUUAGCAGCUUUCUAACUGGUAUUGUUUUUAUGCUUAUGUACUAUGCCUUCUUUCAUCCUAAUGGGCCUAGAUUUGGGCAGUCACCAAGCUGUGCUUGCGAGGACCCUGUAACUGCAUUUCCAUUGCCUCCUGAGGUGGCCUCAAGCACUCUUAGAUCUAUGUCCAAUAACCGGAGUGUGGCCAGUGAUCGAGAUCAAAAAUUUUCAGAAAGAGAUGGCUGCAUGCCAGUCUUUCAGGUGAGGCCGACAGCCCCCUCUACUCCAUCCUCAAGGCCUCCAAGGAUUGAAGAAUCUGUUAUUAAAAUUGACCUAUUUAGAAACAGGUAUCCAGCCUGGGAGAGGCAUGUGUUGGAUAGAAGCCUACGUAAGGCAAUUUUAGCUUUUGAAUGUUCACCUUCUCCCCCUCGGCUUCAGUAUAAAGAUGAUGCACUUAUUCAGGAACGUCUGGAAUAUGAAACCACAUUGUAACAACAGCAACAAAAAUUCCAACAACAGCAAACACAUACCAAGGACUUCAAAGAGCUGCAACAAUACGUUGAACAAUAAAAGUUGCCAGCCUAUUGUUGGCUGGAUGUAAACUGAAUAGUCUCUGCAGAACUGGUCAACAAGCCAUGGCAGUUGAAGUCAUGGAGAACACUUAAAGAUGGCUAUUCAUCAUGAUUAUCAUUCUAUAUAAAUAUUAUGAUAAGGCUAAAGAAGAAGUGCUGUUUGUACAGUUCAGGACAGAUUAAUAGAGGAACCUCUGUGUUGAGGGAACAUUCAAAGCAAGGGCAGUAAAACUUGAUGGUGUAGACAGUGUGUUGUCUAGUGCUGUGCUAACUUUUGUAUAGAAGCCAUCAAUGUCUUAAGAGUUGUAAUGUCUAAAAGGUGAUGUAUGUAAUUACCACUAAAAUAGAACCAUGUGACACUAAGGCAACCUCUGUACUUCGGGUAUCUGCAUGCCAAAGUUACUGAUGCAAAACAUAGGCAUAAAAAUUAUUCUGAAGUACCAAUGUAGGAUGGCAUUCCAAAAUCCCAACUUAAUAAUAUAAAUGAUAACAUAAAGUUUGCAUAAGCUCCAAUGUUUAAUCAUCACUGCUGACUCUUAAGAAUUCAAGUCAUAGUUCAAUAGUCGAGUCGUUUUGAUAGAGGGCCAAAAUCCAUUUCGUACUGCCCCUGAAAACACAAAUACAGUAAUUCAGUUUCAACUGUAGAAAUGCCGCAGUGGUAAACAGCACAAUGCUUGGUCACAUUGUCACUGUGUGACUCUACUGUGUGAGGACAGAUUGAAAAAUACCUUUGUUGCCACAGGAAAGAUGUGACUAAAUGAUAAUCAUGAUGACAUACCCAGCUGGCAAAAAAAAGGAUGUGUAGGUUUCAUGUUCAUGGUAGUGAAAAGCAAUGAGUUAAUUGUACUAUAGAACAGAUCAGUUUCAAGACUCUGAAUGCAUGGCUCCAUGUGAUUUAUGCAGGUAUGAUAAACAAAAAACAAAACAAAUUAACUCACGCCAUACCCUCCUAGUGCCAAACAUUAGUUUAUAUGA